AUGCCAUCGUUCAUCGGAGCCAUCGACAACGGAACAACCUCCUCACGGUUCCUCAUCUUUGAUGAGAACGGCAACCUCGUCAUCGGACACCAGCUCGAAUACCGUCAGAUCUUUCCUCAUCCAGGAUGGGUGGAGCAGGACCCAAUGGAUAUCUUGGGAAGCGUUUUCACCUGUAUCGAAGGUGCCCUUCGCAAGUUUGAACUCCAAGGAAACGAUGUCAAGGACUUGAGGGGAAUUGGCAUUACCAACCAAAGAGAGACGGCCGUUGUUUGGGACAGAACGACAGGACGACCACUUCAUAAUGCCAUUGUUUGGUCAGACACCAGAACACAGGAUGUUGUCACCCGACUCUGCGAGACUUCAGAGAAGGGAGUUGAUGCCCUCAAGGACAUUUGCGGAUUGCCCCUGACGACAUACUUUAGUGCCGUCAAGUUGCGAUGGUUGCUCGAGCACUCUUCCGAGGUCAAGGAGGCACAUGAUAAUGGAAACAUGAUGUUUGGUACCGUCGACUCUUGGCUCAUCUAUAACCUUACGGGAGGAAAAGAGGGCGGAGUGCACGUCACAGACGUCACCAAUGCCAGUCGCACCAUGUUGAUGGAUAUCAAGACAUUGAAAUGGAGCGAAGAAUGUCUCAAGUUCUUUGGCGUUAACGCCGAUAUCCUGCCCGAAAUCAAGCCCUCGUCGACCCACUUUGGAAAAAUCCAGCACCCAACUCUCGAUCGACUUCAGGAUGUGCCCAUUACAGGAUGUUUGGGAGACCAGCAUGCGGCCCUGGUCGGUCAGCAUUGCUUCCAGGUCGGGGAGGCCAAGAACACCUAUGGAACAGGAUGUUUCAUGUUGUUCAACACCGGGACAAAGAUCACCCCCUCCAACAAUGGACUGUUGACGACGGUCGGAUACCAGUUCGAGGGUGAACCUGCGGCGUAUGCACUUGAGGGAUCGAUUGCUGCAGCUGGAUCGGCUGUCAAGUGGCUGAGAGAUAAUUUGGGCGUUAUUCGUACGGCUGAGGAGAUCAACGACUUGGCCGCGCAUGUUGACAGUAACGGAGGAGUUGUGUUUGUGACUGCAUUCUCGGGACUCUUUGCGCCCUACUGGAAACCUGAUGUCCGUGGAAGUAUCGUUGGUAUCUCGCAACACACCACCAAGCAUCAUCUCGCAAGAGCCACCCUGGAAGCCACAUGCUUCCAGACCCGUGCCAUUCUGGAUGCGAUGAAUGCUGAUUCAGGACUCCCAUUGAAGACACUCCGCGUGGACGGUGGCCUCUCGAACAGUGAUACCUGCAUGCAGUUGCAGGCCAACAUCCUGGGACUGGAAGUGGCGAGACCCCUGAUGCGCGAGAGUACUGCGUUGGGCGCAGCCACAGCAGCCGGUGUCCAUUUGGGUGUUGGUAUCUGGAAGGGAGGCUUUAAGGCAUUCGCAGAGCGGGCUCAUAAAGCCAAGGAAGUCCUUGAGAUCUUUAACCCGAAGAUCAAUGACGAAGAACGCGCGAAGGAAUAUGAGUUGUGGCAAAUGGCGAUUGACGCAACGAUGCAAUUCAAGCCAAAGCGCAAUGAAAGUUGGGAGUCUUAA